UUUGUGUCCUGCCUACAUGGCCUGGGUUCGAAGAUUGCCACACCUGGAAGCCGAAGGGAAAUAAAUUGCAAUGGCGAAAACCUACGAUCAUCUUUUUAAAUUGCUUUUAAUUGGAGACUCGGGCGUUGGGAAGACAUGUGUGCUCUUCAGAUUUUCAGAGGAUGCUUUCAACUCGACGUUCAUCUCGACCAUUGGAAUCGAUUUCAAAAUAAGAACAAUAGAGCUAGAUGGAAAGAAAAUCAAGCUACAAAUUUGGGACACAGCAGGCCAAGAGAGAUUCAGAACAAUCACAACUGCAUACUACAGAGGAGCAAUGGGAAUCAUGUUAGUUUAUGAUAUUACAAAUGAAAAAUCCUUUGACAAUAUCAGAAAUUGGAUUCGAAACAUUGAUGAGCACGCUGCUGCCGAUGUUGAAAAAAUGAUUCUAGGAAACAAAUGUGACAUGGAUGACAAAAGGCAAGUGUCAAAAGAACGCGGUCAGCAGCUUGCCACAGAGUACAACCUUCGCUUUAUGGAAACUAGUGCAAAAACAGCGCAAAAUGUUGAAGAGUCUUUCAUAACCUUAGCAAGGAACAUAAAACAAAAAAUGGACAAAAAGCUGGAUUCAAGCUCCGCCGGCGCAGGGGGUGGUGGCAUUAAAGUCACAAAUGAAGAACGACAAAAGAAAGGGGGUCUCUUCAAAUUUUGCACAAUCUUAUAGAAAAUGUUUUUAUUUGAUCAAAGUAACACUGUAUUUCGACUGAGAGUUCAAGUCUUGUCGAAAAUUAUCCUUAAUGUUCAUAAUGCCGUGAGUCGAUUGUACAAGAAAUGAACCAAUCAUCGCUGUGAUCAUUAUUAUUAUUAUUAUUAUUGUCAGUAGCUUGUUUAAUUGACUACCCUAUUGCGCCCUCGCAAACCUUUCUGCGAGAUCAGCCACAGUGUAUGACCCAAUUGAAUUAUGUUGGUGCUGUUGAUCCCCUAAUUGCAAAAAGCCCUGUUUCUUCUAUCCGCAAAUAUCCCGAAUUUUCCUUUCGAAGAUCGUGUGUAAUAUCCAACAGGCUUAGUAAUUCUCUAGAAUUCAUUAUCGUUUCAAUCUCUGCAAAUCUAAUUUUGACUGUUAUUAGCUUGACUUCGACCGCUGUCAUUGGCAAUUUGAAUUACCGUUGUUUGAAGUAUCUUAACACUUGUACUCUAUCUCGUGAAAAUUUAUCUCUCCUAGAACUGCUCUUCCAUUUAUUACACUUGUCGUCUUUUAUCUGUUGAAUUUGAUUCCCCUGAUUGCAUUUGUCAUUGUAAUGUUUCCCCUGUUACGCAUGCAGCUAAAAGCUAGGCCAGCCUGGAGUGCUUUGGUAAAAAACUGAAUUAAAAACGUUUGUUUUGAUCGCAAAUUCAUUUUGCUUAUGAACUUAGAUUCGGUAAUAUGCGGCUAAGUUUUGUAGGUUCAUUUGCUAGCCCAUUCACGCGAACCUUAUCUUGUGUGCGUGUAAUUUUAAUAAAUUACAGACGAAGAACAGCUGGGAUUCCUAGACCAUUUUCUAAUUUUUCUUUCUUUUAUAAAAUAAAUUUCGAUGUAGAGUUCGUCUGUUUAUAGCAUGUCAUAUAUAUAUUACGUCAUAUUUUCAAUACUGAAGAUUUCUAGAAUCUCU